CUACAGUAAAUAGAUUGCAGUGCAAGUGCAAUGUAGUGCAUUCUUAUGUGGAUAAAGUUUUGAUUCAAGGUAAUUUAAUCUGAAUAUUACAAUGGAAGUAUUAAAUCAUUUUGGCAAUAUUGAUGAAAGUGUGGAUGAAAAUACAAUUAGCAAUGACAAUGUCGGCGUAGUUUUAGAAGAAGCAGAAAUAAUAGAUUGCGACACAGAAAUAGAAACAGUAACAGAAGAAGAUAAUAUUCAGUAUCAAUUAUGUGAAGUAAAUAGAAAUGAUAAUGCAGUGGCGUACCGUGUGGUACAAGUUGGUGAUAAUCAUACAAAUAACACUGAAUUAUCAAUAGCUGCACCUAUAAAUAAUACAGUUCAAGUCUUGACAUCACCUAUAAAUGGUCAGUUCUAUGUACUUAGUAAUAGUAAUGAAGUAGUUACCUCAGAAACUACAAGAACAGUUGCACCACGUGUUAAACUUCAAAUAGAUAAUCCACAAAAUAUCCUUACUACCAUUAAAAAGAGAGAUGAAAGAAGAAGGGUAACACAUAAUGAAGUUGAAAGACGCCGUAGGGAUAAAAUUAAUAAUUGGAUUUCAAAAUUGGGGAAGCUCUUACCUGAGUGUGAACAAAGUUCAACAGGAGAUGGAGAUGUAAAAACCAAUUUUGAGUUACAGAGUAAAGGAGGAAUUCUAGCAAGGGCAUGCCAGUACAUUACAGAAUUACGAGAUGUUCAAGAAAGUUUCUCACAAAGUUUAGAUGAAAAUGCUCAAUUGUUAGAAGAAGCUAGAACCCUAAGGCAAGUGGUAAAUCAGUUGAGGAAAGAGAAUUCUGAAUUAAAAGCUCAAAUUGCAAAAAGUACUACAUACAUACUAGGUACCUAAUUUUCAUGAAUACAUAUAAUAAAUAGUAAUAGAUGUGGUCUUUUUUUAUUAAAUAUCUUUUCCUUGAGUAUGAUUUUAUCUAAAGUAUACUACCUUUAAUAGUACUUGUGAAAAGUAAUGUGUAGGACAUAUAUAUAAUUCAGUGCAAUAAAAUAAUAAUGAUGUAGUAAUUAUAAAAUGUUUAUUUACAUAUAUUUAACUGAGUAUAUAUUUAUAUUUUGAAAACAAUUGUAAACAUUAUGUAAUUUCAACUGUACAUAUCAUAAACGAUAAUUAUUUAUAACGUGAACAAUCGAGCAAAAAGGGUAAUUUAUUAUUAAAUCAUUAAAUUAAAUAUACAAAUAUACAAAACAUUGUGCUAUUAAUCAAUAAUUAAUCUUUAUCCAAAAUUUAUAUGUCAUUCGAUUUUAAAGUUCCUUAUGGCCUAGAACAUGUUGAAGUUUGCGCUAACGAAGAGUUCUACAAUAUUUACACUUAUAAAGUACAAUACCUAAUUAUUUACAUGAAACAAAGCGAUACAUUAUUGUAUCAGUUUUUUUUUUUCAAAUUUUCGAAAAUGGAACGUUCACGUGCAUAUUAAUAACGCACAAUUAUAAAAUAUGGCAAUCAUCAAUAUGCACGCGCAACUAUUUAUGUUAAAUAUAAGGGAAAAUAUAUGCAUUCACAUACA